GACCUAAAUAGACUGCAGCAUCUCGCCAUGGUGUCUUUCACCCUCGAUGACCGACAAGAGGCUCUCGUCCAGGAAGUUCGUGCAAUAGGCAAAAAUGUUCUCAGUGGGGCAUACGAUGUCUAUUCGAAACAUCUAGACCAGCGCUCAAGAUUCCGUGCUACACAGCCUUAUUAUGAAAGGGCGAUCAAAGCUGGUCUGCUGCAGCUACUGAUCCCUGCAGCAGUUGGCGGUAAGUCCCAGUCAUUCUUGGACAGUGCCAUCGUCCUCGAGGAAUUGCACGGUCUCGACUCCAGCAUCAUGAUUCACACAGUCGGUACUGCUCUUGGCCUACUGCCACUGAUAUUGGCCGGGACUUCGGAGCAAAAGGAAAGAUACCUGGAACCAUUCCUCAGUGGCGAGGGCGCUCCCCUUGCCAGCCUCGCGCAUUCCGAACCUCAGGGCACCGCCAAUUUUUUGGAACGAGGGGGGAAGGGUCUCGGGAUGACUGCGAGAAAAGCGGGUGAUUUUUAUCUCGUCAACGGCGAGAAGCUCUGGACAACCAAUCUCGCGGGCUGGGAUGACAAGGGAGCAACACUAACCUGCCUUUGCGUCCGAUACUCUGAAGAUGGCGGACCCGAGAAGCCUGAUGUUGACCCCGCGGAUAAUGUCAUGAUCCUGGCCGUCACCCGAGAGAUUGUCGCUCAAAAUGAUCCCGAAGCCUUCAAGGUCCUACAAGAGCCAGACCUGAUGGGUCACACGGGAGCAAGCGGUCCACACACGAGAUACACCAACUUCAAGGUGCCUCUGGACGCCGUACUGUUUGGCCCCGGGGAGGCAACCCCCGUGAUCGAACAAGCCUUUGGCGUCACCGCCGCGCUCGUAGGGGCCAUGGCUGUGGGUACCAUGCGCGCCGCCUUUGAGAGAGCACUGGAAUUUGCCAGACGGGACAAUCGCGGUGGAUCGGUACCAAUCAUCCAAAGGCAAAGCCCGGCAGACCUCUUGAUCGAUGCCAAGAUCAAAAUCGACACCUCGCGCAUGAUUGUGUGGAAGGCUGUCGACGCCCUUGAAAAUGGCCCUGGCUCGGCCAGUGAACGCUUCGAAACAUGCUUGGAAGCCAAGAUUUACCCCAGCGACUCGGCAAUAUCUUGCGUGUGGGACUGCAUGCAGGUUGUGGGAAUGACUUCGUACGCACAAGACGCUGUCUUUCCACGCCUUCUUAACGACGCCGCGGUCUUCUCAUUAUUCGACGGAGGCAACGUCGGCAUCCGACGACGCCAGUUUCAAAGGCUUCUGGCUUCCAAGGACUACCAGCCCUGGGCCAAUACUUUUCGGGACUGAUUGUAAGCCUACGGCGGAGACUGUGGGUCGGCAAUACCAUAGCAAU